GGGGGGGGCGACGAGCGCAGCGGACUGGAAGUUGGGGCGAGCGAGCAGGGAGUGACGACGAGGCGACUGGACAUGGAGCUCGGCGGGCUUCUCCUCGUCUGUCUCCUCCAGGCUCAGCUGGGGACCCUGUGGACUCAUGAAGACCCUGAGAGCGGGACGCCUCCAGAGAGGUCCGCCUACAGCCUCCAGCGGCCAAGAGGCGCCCGCAGUGCUCCUCCGCCGCAGGGAGGAAGACUGGACAUCACCUUCCUGCCUGACAACAUGAGCCACGUUGUGGAGGACUCGCAGCGCUACUACAGCUGGCAGAGUUUCGGCCCGGACGACGGGCGCACUCAAGAUUUGUGGGUGGACCUGGACUCAUUGCACAAGAGUCAAGUCCGAAUCCAUGGCAUACUGUCCAACGCACACCGGCAGGCGGCGAGGGUGGCACUUUCCUUUGAUUUUCCGUUUUAUGGGCAUUACUUGAGACAAAUUAUCGUCGCGACUGGUGGUUUCAUAUUCAUGGGGGAGAUUACUCACCGAAUGCUGACCGCUACCCAGUACAUUGCCCCCCUCAUGGCCAACUUUGACCCCAGUUUCUCCAUCAACUCCACCGUGAGGUAUUCGGAUAAUGGUCAUCUGUUUGUGGUCGAGUGGGACAAAGUGCGAUUAAAGGACCGAGAGGCCGAAGGAGCUUUCACGUUCCAGGCGGCGCUGUACAGAAACGGAACGGUGGUCUUUAACUACAGAGAGAUCCCGGUGCCGGUGGAGAGGAUUAACUCCACAGAGCAUCCGGUCAAAGUGGGAAUGUCCGACGCGUUCAUGGCGUACAUCCCGACGGUCCAGACUGCAGAUACAAAGCAGAGGACCAUCUAUGAGUAUCAUCGUGUUGAAAUCAACACCACAACGAUCGCCAGCGGAUCGGCAUUCGAGUUCACGCCGCUGCCCACUUGUCUUCAACACACAUCCUGUGAUGUCUGCUUGGGCUCCAACCUGACGAGCGGAUGCGGGUGGUGCAACACGCUCCAAAGAUGCUCAGAUGGGAUCGACCGCCUUCGACAAGAGUGGCUGGAUUACAACUGUCCUGAGGAGGCUAAAGGCACGUGUGAGGACUACUACUCCGCGUCGCCUGAAGACUGGACACUCUCAUCCUCCUACUCGUCAGCUGCUCCUACGUCAUCUUCAGCCAAAUUCCACAAUGAUGUGGUCACCGGGGAGCCUCCAGAGCACACAAGGAUGACUGAGAAUGCGGCCAUCAUCGCCGGCGUGGUGGGGGCUCUCGUGCUGGUGGUGGCAUUGACCCUGCUGGCCGUUUACUACAUCAACACUCACCCCACAUUGGCACCGCCUUUCUACCUCAUGCAGCGACGGAGCAACAACUACUGGCCCGCCAUGAAGUUCCGCAACCAGGACUGCCCGUCGGGCUACGGCGAGGUGGAGCUCACGAGUCACGAGAAGGAAGGUUUUAUCGAGGCCGAACAGUGUUGCUGAAGGCAACCAUCUUGAGGAGAGUAACAGAUGAACAGAAAAUCCACUCACCAACCAUCGGCGGCUGUUCCCGGCCUUCUCAGCGUCUGCUUGACAUUGCGCACAUGCACCAUAUGUCGCAAGGACUGAAGUGAAAAGAAGAAAUACCCAUUUAAAAAAAAAUGUCAAUGGACAGGUCCUUCAUAAUGUGUGAUACAAUUCCCAUCUGUGUUUUUAAAUCAGUCUUUGUCUGGAAACAGAGAGAAAUGUGUUGUUGCAUUAUAUUACUCUGGUGAUAAUAACUAGUGAUUGUUAAGAAACUAACAUCCUUUCUGUGGUUAUAUUUUUCAUGUUUAAAUGUCUUUUAUUAAAAAUUUAUUUCAGAGAGUUAACUUA